AUGGAGCAAAUUAAGGAUACAGAUCCCGACUUUGCAGAUAUACAGAUGAAGAAGACUCUUUCACAGAAGCUAAAUAACAAGACACUUGAAGGAGUUGAGGAGUUUUGGUGCACAGUAGAACAUAUAGAUCUUCCUAAAAGUUAUUGGGAAUACUACAUGGCAUGUGCUGAAGAUUGGAACAACAUUGAAGGGCUACCUGAGGGGAGAAAGAACAAGACAUACUUAGAUUAUCUCUUCAAUUACCUAAAACUCCAGACAAUAUACACAGAGGAGCUUGAAGAUAUAGGAGUGACCAAAAAAGGUAACACAACCAAAUUAUGCCAAAGAACGAUAAAGAUAGCCUGAGAUAACAACACCUAGUAAGCUCCUCUUCUGAUAGGCGAAUCUUUGUGUCCAAACACAGAAGUAUACCUUA